UCUUCUCCCUCCCUUUUUCAGCCGCCUCUCCCCUCUCUCUCUCUCUCUCCAGCCCGGCCCCCUCUCUCCUCGCCACUUCCGGUGAAAGCCACCAGAAGAACCAGCCGCCAGUCGCUCCUCUCUCUCUCUCUCUCUUCGCCACCUCUUCUUCUCCAAGCAGCCGCUCCCUUCUCUCUCCCUCUCCUCCAUCUUUUCCGGCAAGGGAGACAGCCAGGAGACAAGCAACAACAGCCAUGGCGGACAGCAUCAGUAGCCAUGACCGGCGAGGAGUCAGCAGCGGUCGCCGGCGAAAACUCCUGCGUCCGGCCAGCAGCUGCAAAAAGAGGCGAACGACCACCUCUCUCUCCUCGUCGCCUCCCUCUCGUCGCUCUCGCAAAUGGCGAGCAACCAGACCCACCAGCGUGCUGCAAACAACAGCCGCCGGACGAGCAACGAGCGGCGUCAACCAUCAGCCCACAGUCACCGGCAGCAUGUCUCCCUCCUCUACAUUCCUCUUCCUCACCCGUCUCCCCUCUCCCGUCAUUCCCCUCCUCCCGCUUCUCCUCUCCCUCCCGCUCUCUCUCUCCUCCCCGUUUUCCCCUUCUUCUUCUCCUUUUCUUUUCCUCUUCUUUUGCAGAGACAGGUAGCAUCUCCGACCAGCAACGUCUCGAGGAGACAGCAGCAGCAGCGUCUCGAGGAGACAGCAGCAUCGACUCCGGCGAGCCUUUCCUCUUUCUUUGUUUCCAGCCAACAAGUUCGGCUAAUGAACGACGUGGAUUCUAUACAUAUCUCAAUAUUGCGGCUGAUUUUAAGAUGAAUUUCAACAGAUCCGUCUGGGUUUCAUAUUUGAGGUUCAAGUUGAAGAUUAACUGAAGAAGGAUUUGUUUAUUUGUUGAAUGUACAUAUAUAUAUAUAUUUUUAUUUUUUCCGCUAUUUUAUUUAUUUGAAUGAUGUAACAAUUGUAACCCUAAAGAUCAUAUAAUAAAGUUAUUUGGGGGUCGUCUAGGGGAGGGGGAUUUAUAUGCUUACUUGCUCAUUAUUUUUUUUUUUAGAAAUCA